UCGUUGAAUAUGGGGGAGGCAGAUGUGACGCUGAAUCAGACCGACGAGAAGCCUCCGGACUCGGGGCUGGUUCCCGGGGAGGACUCGGUGGUCUGGAGCCACGAGGUGGAAGUGUGUCUGUUCCACGCGAUGAUCGGACACAAACCCGUCGGAGUGAACCGUCACUUCCACGCAGUCUGCAUCAGAGAUAAGUUCAGUCAGAACAUCGGUCGGCAGGUUUCCUCUUCCGUCAUCUGGGAUCAUCUGGGAACCAUGUACGACAUGCAGGCUCUGCAUGAGUCGGAGAUAUUGCCAUUUCCAAACACAGAAAAGAGCUUCUCUCUGCCGGAUGACAUCAUCCAGGAAGUAAAAAGAAGGUGA